AUGCUGAACGACGUUGCUCUCGAAGAGGAGGCUCGAGCAGCAAGGGAAGGGAGGACGGCGAUGCCAGUUAAAAUGGUAUUUCAAAGUUCGAACUUGGAUCCACGCCGUUACAAUGAGCCAACAGCAAACGAAGUGGCCGUCGUGUAUGUAGGAGAGGAAGGAGAUGUACCGGCCGAGCAUAAUCUCGCCGUGCACUUACGAUCAGGAGGCCUGCACAAUAUCUGUGCUAUGAUUCACGCAGUGAAAUAUAUGUACAAAUACGUGUACAAGGGACCAGACAGAGCGGCGUUACGUAUGAUUAGAACAAAUGGGGAUGAUGGGGUUGGAGCAAUAAACGAGAUCGAUGCAUUUGUCAAUGCCAGAUUUAGUGGACAAGAGGAAGAAGCUCUUCGUCGGGCUGCAGGAAGAGACACGAUGUUAACAGCGUAUUUCAAACUCAGCGCGGAACAUGAAGCUGCGUUCGGAGCUGGAAAUGCACCGCAAGGUGGGGUCGAUGCUCGGACAUCACUCUAUGUCCAGCUGCCGGAGCACUUCACAUUCGGUCAGCGAACAGGAAAGUGGAGCAUCAGAAGGAAGCAAAGUCGGCAAUUAGGGAGAAUGUACACAGCGCACCCACUGGAUUCUGAGUGCUACAGCCUUCGAAUACUUCUCCUGAACAGAAAAGGAGCUUUACAUCGAAGGAAAUUCCAGCCUCGCCUUCUUUUCUGA